GCUUCCAGUUUUCCUCUCUUGCCCAAAUACAUGCGGAAUCCAUCUAGCCACCAAAACCUCUGUUUCUUCUUCAACCCAUCUUUUAGUAUGGUAAAACGACAACAAUAAGCCCUAAUACGACAAUCCUUCCUUUUGCUGUAGUCAUGGUUCGUUUCAAUCUUAGGCUAAAGCUUCAACGUCGCAUUUCCAUCAUCAGACGCAGCAUUCUCCGCUUAUGGAAUGAGAUUCUCAUGUGUUCCGUAGGCAAGCCUAUCCAUUGUCGAAUGUUGCCGCCUCAUCACUUGCCUGUCUCCUCCUCGUCGGAGACCGCCUCUGGAGAAUUUGUAUCGGGAAUCGUCACUCCGUCUCCUCCUCCUCCGACGACGUUGACGGCGGCGGAGGCGAUGUUUCAUAACCAGCAUGAAAUUAAUAAUAAUGGUAACAAGGAUUCGGAUUUGGUUGCUUUGAAGAUCAGUCUCCUGGGGGAUUGCCAGAUUGGGAAAACCAGUUUCCUGGCUAAGUACGUGGGGAAUGAGAUAGAAGAGGGAAGAAUUCUGAAAGAUGGAAUGAAUAUGAUGGACAAGACAUUACUGGUUAAAGGUGCUCGGAUUUCUUAUAGUCUCUGGGAAGUUGAUGGUGAUGAAGGAUCAAUUCAGCAAAUUCCUCUGGCUUGCAAGGAUUCUGUAGCAAUUUUAAUCAUGUUUGAUCUCACAAGUCGGCUCACAUUAAAUAGUGUCAUUAAGUGGUACCAAGAGGCAAGGAAAUGGAACCAGACUGCAAUUCCAAUUAUAAUAGGAACCAAAUUUGAUGAUUUCAUUCAACUUCCUAUAGAUCUGCAAUGGGCAAUUGCAAGUCAGGCAAGAGCUUAUGCCAAGGCCCUGAAUGCAACACUCUUCUUUUCAAGUGCAACAUACAACAUUAAUGUAAACAAGAUCUUCAAAUUCAUAACAGCAAAGCUCUUUGACUUGCCAUGGAAACCCGAGAGAAAUCUCACAAUUGGAGAGCCUAUUAUUGAUUUCUAAAGAGGAAGACUUACUAUUUACUAAAAUAGCAAAAAGCCUCUCUUGCACACUCCAAUUUUAGUUAAGUAAACCACAGUCAACCGCUCACUGGGAUUAUUAAUUUUCUUUUAGUCCGGUGAUUUUGCGAGUUGUUUACUUUGAAACUCUGUUUAGAGAGAAAUCGUAUGGUUACACUGUAAUUUCAUGUAGGAUAAAUACAUGAAAUGACAAGUCAAUAAAUUAAACAUAUGGACAAAUAAAAUCAUUUUCUGAAAAAAUUGUUUUGUUAUUUUUAUUUUAA